AUGGCAAAACACGAGUUGGCCCAACACAACAGCGUACCCCUGAAGCGCUCCAAACUCAGUCUCCAAGAACCACCAACCAUUGAGCCGCCGGUCUUCAAUCCCCGCUACAGCAACCCAGCCUUCUCCAACCCCUUCAAUACCGCCUUUCGCGACCGCCUCGUCUUCAAAGACGACCAGAGCGACGCCUGUCUCUUCAAUACCCCAUACCCAGCUGCCAGUCUCCCCAACUUCCUCGAAUCGACCGACUAUCUCCAAAAACUGCGCGAGGAACUCUUGACAGAGGCAUACUUCCACAAGUCGAACGACCUCUACGAGUUUUACCAGUCUGAAGAUCUGCGUCUCUCCAAGAAGCCCCAUAUUGCCGCCUUCAAGAAUGCAAUCUACUCCCAAAAGUUCUUUUCUUUGAUGUCUUCGCUGACGGGGAUUGAUCUGGAUCCCUCAAUCAUUGACCUGAACGGUAACCAGUACCAUGAGGGAUGCUAUCUGCUCUGCCACGAUGACGAUAUCAAGAACGAGAAGGAGGGUCGUCGGAUCGCUUUUAUCCUUUACCUUGUUGAUGACGACUGGAGUGCUGCUGACGGAGGUGCCCUCGAUCUUUUCAGAUGUGAUGAAACGGGAUACCCGAUUGAGGUGACACAGUCGCUGGUCCCUGCCAGGAACACACUGGCAUUCUUCGAACUCUCUUCAGUUUCAUACCACCAAGUCGCCGAAGUCCUGACCCGGGACAAGAGUCGAAUUUCCAUCUCGGGCUGGUUCCACGGACCCCUGCAGACAAAACUGAUCUCCAAAACCAUGCCCUUCACACCCCUGGAAUCAUCCGCACAGGACAUCUCUCUAGAAUCGCUGUUGAACCCAGACUACUUGAGCGAGUCGGCCAUGGCCAACAUUGGAAACGUCUUUCUGGAACAGAGCUCGAUUGAACUCCAACAGUUCCUCCGCCCAGAGAUCUAUGAGCAAUUGGUUCAGGAGCUGGAAGCCAUGGGAUCUGUGGAAGGGGCAGCAACCGAAAAGGCGCUGUGGGAUGUUGUGAUGGGGCCACAACAUGUUCGUCGGUACAGUCAAGUCUCUCAACGGAAUCAGGAUCAGAUCCCUACAACGCUCUCGCGACUCCAACGGCUUUUCAAAUCCAAGGUGUUUGAGGCCUAUCUCUUCAAAGUGACGAAUCUGACCUUCUUGUCGGCGAACACGGAACUGAGGAUGUUCAAGAAGGGAGACUAUACCCUGUUGCACGAUCAUGCCCUGGAGAGGAACGGACUGGAUGUUGUGUUUAGUUUCCCGCAUUUGGGGGAGGGCAAGGAGGAGUGGGAGGAGAGUUGGAAUGCUGGAUCAACUCAUUAUGUUGCGGAUAAGGCGAACUUAUUGACGUUGUACCCAAGGCACAAUACGUUGACGAUGGUGUUGAGGGAUGAGGGCACGUUGAGAUUUGUGAGGUAUUUGAAUGCGCGGGUUGGAGAGUCUAGGCGACGCGAGCUGAGUGCUAUGUAUACCGUGAACGAGGACGAUGAAGACGAGGAGGAAGACGAAGAAGGCGAGGAGGAGGCCAACGGAGAUGAGAACUAA